AUGGUACAUUGUAUUGACUUGGCACCUGACAAUGGUGUAAAUGUUAAUAUUGGUGCCAAUCUUGAUAAUUUACAAUUAGAUUCAAGAGUGGGAUUGGUUAGCAAUCUCGAUGAUUUGGUUGACCUCAAACUUUCAGAAAUCGAUAACAACAUUGACGAUGGAGACAAUGUAGACGAACAUUUUGACUUUGAUGAUAUUGAAAUCGAUGCUGCUGAUUUGUUCAACGAGGAAAUGGCUGCUGAAGAACAAGCCAACCAAGAACAAGCAGAGGCUAAUAAUCAAGUUGAAGCUGUCAAGGAAGCUGAAGCCGUCAAGGAAGCUGCCGCUGUCAAACCAGCUGAAGCCAUCAAUCAAGUUGAAGCUGUCAAGCCAGUUGAAGCCGUCAAGGAAGCUGCCGCUGUCAAGCCAGCUGAAGCCAUCAAUCAAGUCGAGGCUGCCAAACCAGCAGAAGCAGCCAAGGAAGAGGCAGCUGCAAAGCCAGCUGAAGCCAACUCAUUGAAACAAGCUGAAGCCGAUGACGCCAAGCCAGCUGAAGCAGCCAAGGAAGAAUCAGUUGUUAAACAAGCUGAAGCAGCCAAACCAGCAGAAGCCGCCAAGGAGGAGUCUGCUGUCAAGCCAGCUGAAGCCGCUGUCAAGACAGAGGAAGUUGCCAAUGAAGAUGAAGAUAUUGAUGAAGAGGCAGCUGCUAAAAUGGAGGAAUUUAACAAAGUAUUUGCCAAUGAAAACGAAGAAGAAAUCGCCAACGAAGAGGCUGUCAAACCAGCUGAAGCUGUCAAGGAAGAAUCUGCUGUCAAACCAGCUGAAGCCGUCAAGGAAGAAUCUGCUGUCAAGCCAGCUGAACAAGUUGUCAACGAAGAUGAAGACAUUGACGAAGAAGCAGCUGCCAAAAUGGAGGAAUUUAACAAAGUGUUCGCCGUUGAAGAGGUCGCCAACCAAGAGGCUGCCAAACCAGCUGAAGCUGCCAAGGAAGAGUCUGCUGCCAAGCCCGCUGAAGCUGUCAAGGAAGAAUCUGCUGCCAAGCCAGCUGAAGCUGUAAAGGAAGAGUCUGCAGCCAAACCAGCUGAAGCCGCUGUCAAGACGGAAGAAGUAGCCAACGAGGAUGAAGACAUUGAUGAAGAAGCAGCUGCCAAAAUGGAGGAAUUUAACAAAGUAUUCGCCACUGAAGAAGUCGCUAACCAAGAGGCUGCCAAGCCAGCUGAGGCUGCCAAGGAAGAGUCUGCAGCCAAACCAGCUGAAGCCGCUGUCAAGACAGAAGAGGUUGUCAAUGAAGAUGAAGAGAUAGAUGAAGAAGCAGCUGCUAAAAUGAAGGAAUUUAACAAGGUAUUCGCCGCCGAAGAGGUCACCAACCAAGAAGCUGCCAAACCAGCUGAGGCAGCCAAGGAAGAAGCCGCUGUGAAACCGGCUGAAGCAGCCAAGGAAGAAUCUGCAGCCAAACCAGCUGAAGCAGCCAAGGAAGAAGCCGCUGUCAAGGAGGAAUCUGCUGCCAAGCCAGCCGAAGAAGUAGCCAACGAGGAUGAAGACAUUGAUGAAGAGGCAGCCGCUAAAAUGGAAGAAUUCAACAAAGUAUUUGCCCAUGAUUUGGUUGAUGCCGAAGCACCUCAAGAACCAGCUAAAAAGUGUGGAUCCAAAGUAGAGAAUCAAGCUGCUGUCGAACAAGCCAAAGCAGAGGAAAAGGUUGCAACAUUGGCCAAACCAGAGGAAAAGGAAAAAGAAGAACACCAAGCUGCCGCCAUUGGACAAGUCCAAGAUUCAGCCAAGACCGAACAAGUAAAGAGUGAAUUGGAAAACCUUUUGAAAGAACAAAACAAUAAUGCCGUCGAUAGCAAGAAAUCAACCAAAGAACACAAAUGUAGCACUGGUGUAAACUCACAAAAGAGAGCUAGAACCAACAGACACCAAAACAAGGAACACAAUGUAGCAGUACCAGAGAAUGAAAAACAUAUUAGAGCUGAAAAGGAAUUAAGAACUCGUAAUAAUAAUCACAAUCAAGUUGGAUUAUCAGUUCAAACUAAUGGAUUGCUUGGAAAUCUUCUCAAUGGUUUAUUAGGAGGAAAGAAUGUAGAUAACGCUGUCAUAAAUAAUAAUGAGAAAUGUGGUGAAACAUCUCCAGCUGUCAUCAAAUUCAAUCAUUAUUCAAUUUGUAGUAGUCUCUCAAUAUUUGUUUCAGAUAUUGGCAUUGUCAAUUCAAUCCAAAAUCAGUAG